UAUAGAGGACAUUGAGAUGGUUUUACAAAAACAAACAGACAUUGAUAAGUAUUCGGUAUCUGAGUUCUGCAAGACAGUUGUACUGACGGAAAGCGCGAUAGAAGAAAAACAUCACCCAACAGUUCGCGCAUUUAAUGUUCCUGAUACCGUAUAUAGAAUAUUACCAGUUUUGAAGAUGCACAAGAACAGUUUCGUGUUUGACAAAAUGUGGAAUGAGAUGUGCAGUGGGCCUGGACAAAACUGUGCAACUUUUGAUGAUAUUGUUACGAUGGUGUGGCUACCCGUAAAAGAAAGCUGGGAUGAGUUUGUCCACAGAGUUGAUGUUGGUGACGUUUUGUUUCAAGAAUUUGAAAAAAUGAUUGGAAGUAUAUACGGAGAUGACGUGCAAGGCAUGUUUGCCGAGUUGAAAAGAAUGAACAUUGUCGAUGAUCAUGCGAAUGAGCGCAUUGAACAGUUGAAACAGUACAGAAAGUUAGAAUCUUGUGUUAAUGGAGCAAAGGUCAUUAUCGCUUUUGCACGUCGGUAUCAUUUGACAGGAGAUUUCAAGCCAGUUUCAGAUAUUGCCGCUCAUUACAGCCAAGACUUUCAAAUGAACUCAUUCGAUCAAACCGUGGUGAAAACUUGUGAAUUUUUGAAAGACAUAACUUCAGAAAGAACCAAAUGUCUGGUAGCUUUUAUGAAUUGUGGAAAUUUGAUAAAGUGGCUUCAAGAGUCAAUGCACGAAUUAAAACAGCUGAAAGUUUUUGUUGACCUGGCAUUCAUGUCGGCUGGUGAGGAACCCAUGAAUAUAAGGAAAGUCGAAUGUUUGCACUCCGCUGUUACAGGAUACGCUCCAUUGAUAUUUGACUUGAAGCCAGAUACAGGCUACGUAGACUUGCUUGACUUAUGUAACAUCAUAUGGAAAGAGCUGGGUGCUAAUCCGAACUUACCCGAAAUGUUGCUUGACACAAAUAGAGAAAUAGAAUGGCUUAAGGACGUCGAAAAAUCUCAUGGUUCUGUUGAAGUUACAUCUUUUGCUCAAGUCGAUGCCAUAAACAGUGAUGGUGUCUUCACAGUUGGAAGAAACGUGUGGCCGCCUGGCCGUGGCGGAAAGAAUAAUGUUAGUGAAACGGGAGAGAACUCUUUACUGAUGGUAGAUGAAGUUCUUAGAUUGACAGUUCGGGAACAGGGUGGACAGAGGCAGCAGCGGGACUACACAUAUACACAGUUGCAAGACUUAACCAGCAGACUGAUGCUUGUCGCAGGAAAAGCUGAAAAGGGAAAUGAUAAAAUAGAUAAAUUCAUAAUGACAUACGAUGGUAUUACACGACUGUGUAAUGUGUUUACACAGUUAUAUGCAGCAGGAUGUGUUCUUUUCCACGGCUGGUCAGUACAAUGCUUGUGCGAUGUCAAAAGACCGGUUGCCUUAAUUCUUCAGUUUGGACAGGGAGAAAGUGUCCCUUUAGUUAAGGGUCGGCGGUCAGACCGGGAAGAUUUAAAAGACAUGGUUCCAGAACUUUCAAAAUUCAUGGAAAAUUGCCUAAAGGAAUGGUUGCAGCAUAUCAAAGAAAAACGUAAGCAGUAUAUGCACUUGAACUACUUCACAGUGGACCAGCUGGUUAUCCUGCAGAGAGAACUGGUGAAAGUGGGAACACAGCAUGUUCCGUCCCAUUUGAUUUAUCCCCUGUUGUCGGCUGUCAAACAGAACUGUUCGCCAGCGGAUAUCAUCGAGGCAAUGGCUGGAGCUAAAGAGGAGAUCGAUAGUCAGACAUCAAAUGUAGAAACUGCUGAUGAGGAUUUCAAGAAAAAUGAUGACAUUAAUGCUGACUUGAAUGCAGAUGCAAAGAGAAAGACAUUUAUCGAGGAACUUGUACAGUCGGGAUAUGAUGAGGCAUUGGCUAUCAAAGCCCUGGACCAUAUUGACCCUGAAGAUAUUGAUCAAGGUAUUGUUUGGUGUAUGGAACAUGAUGAAAGUACAGAUGAUGAUGAUAGUCAGAUGACUACUAAAGACGACGGACCAGUAACUUAUGCCAAUGCAGAUACGUCAAAUUUUAGCGGAUGGAGUCAGUCAGAAACGUCUUUAGAAUCAAUGAUAACGUCCAGUGUAUCAAAACUGACAAAACAGAAGCAUGACGGAUCAGAAGCACUCCUUCACAAAUUGAAUUUGUUAUGGGAAGAAUUCCUGGCUUCGAUUUCUUCAAACAUACGUGAUUACCUUAGUCUUGAACAUCUUGGACUUAUCCUACGACGUUUGGCUGCCAAAAAUACAGUACAGAUCGACAGGUCUUUGUCACCAGGGUUUUUGGAAGGCCAGCCAAACUUAGUGGUGUGUCCGUCAGCCGAUGUGAUUGUGACUACCUUGUCUGUGUACAUGAGGGACAAAGAACAACCACUGCCGCAAUCAGACGAGGUUUUGAUGUGCACGGAUGCAACAAAAACAGACGAAGUUGAUAUAUUUUUGCGAAGGGCCAUAUUUGGAGGAAGCAGGAAGAUUCAUUGCUUGAUGAAUGCGGAUAUGUUAGACUAUGAUGUGAGCGAAGCUUCACAAAGAAGACUGGAAGAAUAUAUACAAGAUGCGCACUUAAAUAAAGGGCUUAAGUACCGUCUAUUGGUGAUUUGUUGUACAGACAAUGAGUACAGGUCAACAAUCGUGUCGUCGCUGGACAAAUAUAAGAGACAACCUCUGCCAACAAAUAUUGUUCAUCUUCGCGACUAUAUUGCUUCAAAACUGUUUGCUGACACAUCUGGAGUUACUUCUGCAGCCUUAAUAGACUGUGACAGAUCAACAGUGCGUUUGAUAAAGUCUUGGAGAGCAGGAGUUGGGAAAACUCUGUUCAAAAAGAGACAAGAGGAACAGCUGCUGAGCCUUAAAACAGUAGUCAGUCCUUCGAGCAUAACAAUUCCGCUUCAUGAGAAAACGAUAAACAUGCACUAUGUAUUACAAAGAUUGCUAGAGCACACAACAAAACCAGAGGAAGUAACAGCAAGACUUUUUCACAUAGAUGUUGCACACGAAGUUGAGAAUGGCGUGGAUUACCUUCUAUUCAACCUUUUGGUACUUGGAUGUCUGACAGACAAGACAGGCUUUGUGUGGAGAAAGUCCCCUUUGGAUAUCUACCUGAUUGAGACAAUGCCUUUAUUGAUGAGAACAACAAACAGAAGGGGAACGGAAUGGCAUUAUGUACAUACGAUGCUUAGUAUUUUGCCUGAUCUGACAUGUAGAUCACCUCAGGAAAGUUUAGCAAUAUACAGAGGAACAAGGCCACGUGAUUACAAAGAUUCUGAUCAAUUGUUUGACGAAAAGCUGUUCAGAAGUGCAGUAUUUCAAAGACCAUUCCAGUACUUCAUGCGACUGGAACAGAAGAAGCCUUUGGAUGACGUCCGGCCGUACACUGCAGAAGGAAAUCCAGCAAUUUGUUUAGAGUUGCUGCUGAGGAAUUGUGGUAUAAGAGACCCAUCUUGGUCGGAGAUUCAUCAUUUUGUAUGGUUUCUCAACACCCAGUUGGAAGCAUUUGAAGAAAACAGCUUUGUCAGCCCUGCUGCUGCUGAACACCUACCAGGAUUUGAGAUAUUUUUGCUUCGAUUCCUCGUCUUAAUGUCAAGGGACUUUGCAACACGCUCUUUAAAUAUUAGUGAAGAGUCGCCUGGAUUGAAACGUGAACCAGACCAAGACGAACAAGCAACUUCUGAACAGCUGCAUGCUGAGAACAACGAACUUAACGGAAACCAACCAGAACUACAGCAGUACCAGAUGAGACGAACAUGGGAGAGCAGCCCGCAUCCCUAUCUGUUUUUCAACUCAGAUAGAGAAACCUUUACUUUCCUUGGAUUUUUUAUUGAUCAAGACACUGGCAAUCUUGUUGACCUGCAAACCAGAACUGUGUUAGAGGAGGGUAUAAUGUCACCAGAUCUGUACAAAAUAUUGGUAGAAAAUAAAGCUCCACUGCAAGAAGAUUUUGACUCGUUGCAAAGACAUGAGAAAAUCGUUAAGUUGUGUAAGGUAAUGGGUAUAGAGAUGGAACAUGAUCCGGAUGAUACAUAUGAGCUGACAACAGACAACGUCAAGAAAAUGUUAGCCAUCUAUAUGAGAUUCAGGUGUGAUAUUCCUGUUAUUAUCAUGGGAGAAACUGGAUGUGGUAAAACCAGACUGAUCAAGUUUAUGUGCUCUUUACAAAUGCCACCUGGACUCCAAACAUCAAAUAUGAUAUUGAUGAAGGUUCAUGGAGGGACAACUAACAGAGAUAUAAUUAGGAAAGUUGAAGAAGCAGAAAAAAUUGCACAGGAAAACCGUGAAAAAUUCGGGCCACAUAUGUAUACAGUGUUGUUUUUUGAUGAAGCAAAUACUACAGAAGCAAUUGGACUGAUCAAAGAAAUAAUGUGUGACAAAACAGUUGAAGGGAAGAAGCUCAAACUGUGUGAUAAUCUCAAAAUGGUGGCCGCGUGUAAUCCGUACAGAAAGCAUGCGGAUGCGCUUAUCAAGAAAUUAGAGCAGGCAGGACUUGGGUAUCACGUGGAUGCUGAUGAGACAACGGACAGACUAGGUCGUGUACCAAUGAGACGUCUGGUGUACAGGGUUCAACCCUUACCACAGAGUUUACUACCACUAGUAUGGGACUUUGGUCAGCUCAACACUCAAGUGGAAGAUCUGUAUAUCAGACAGAUGGUCAGAAGAUAUAUUCGAGAAGAUAUGUUGCCUGAUAUACCUGGAUUGAUAAAGGUGGUCAGUGCCAUUUUGACUGCUUCCCAACACUUUAUGAGACUACAAAAGGAUGAAUGUAGUUUUGUGUCAUUGCGUGAUGUAGACAGAGUCUUGUUGGUGAUGAGUUGGUUUUAUGAGCAAAGUCAAGGAGAAAGAACUCUUUACAAUCGCAUGGACGCCAAACUUUUUGUGGAACAAGAUGGUCACAUGCAAGACAGUGUUGAAGAAGUGGAUGACUUGACGCGUUCAUUGAUUCUUUCGUUGGGAGUUUGCUACCAUGCUUGCUUAAAAAAUAGGAAACAGUAUCGUCACUAUAUAGCUCGUUCAUUCAAAUUGCCUUGCGCGUUAACUAAUGGAGGAGAGCAAAUAAAAGCAGAAAUUGUAAGUUGCCAGGAUGUGUUUCUAGAUCAAGUGCACCUAGAAAAACACAUUGCGCGUAACAAGGCGCUCAAGGAAAAUGUGUUUAUGAUGGUUGUGUGUAUAGAACUUCGUAUCCCACUGUUCCUUGUCGGAAAACCAGGAAGCUCCAAGUCUCUCGCCAAAACCAUUGUGAAUGAUGCUAUGCAAGGGAAUGCUGCAAGGGAGGCACUGUUUAGAGAACUGAAACAAGCACAGAUGGUAUCAUUCCAAUGCAGUCCACUGUCUACUCCGGAUGGUAUCGUAGGUACUUUCAGACAAUGCUCUCAGUUCCAGAAAGGAAAAAAUUUAGAAACAUUUGUCUCGAUUGUCGUGCUUGAUGAAGUUGGAUUGGCGGAGGACAGUCCGAGAAUGCCCUUAAAGACUCUGCAUCCACUUUUGGAGGAUGGUUGUCAAGGAGAUGAAAAGCCAGAAAAAUAUAAAAAGGUCGCCUUUAUUGGUAUCUCAAAUUGGGCAUUAGAUCCAGCUAAAAUGAACAGGGGCAUUCUAGUUCAGAGAGAAGUACCCGACUUGAAGGAGCUAAAGAGAAGUGCACGAGGUAUAUGCAAGACAAACGGGGAACUUGGAAAUUUGAUAAGACCAUUGAUUGAGCCUAUGGCAAAGUCUUAUCUUGAAAUAUUCGAAAAAGCAUCAAGACAGAUGAGAGAGUUCUUUGGGCUUCGAGAUUUUUACAGCCUAGUAAAAAUGGUGUUCAGAUUUGUUGAAAAAGCAAAAAGGAAACCAACGUGGCAUGAAAUGUUACAUGCUAUCAAGAGAAACUUUGGUGGACUCGACGAAGAUAAAGUGGACCCAGUAGACAGCUUCAGAAGUUAUUUAGCAACUAUUGAUUUCGGAGAACAAAGCGGACCGAAUCCAGACAAUAGUUCAGCAGGGCUCAUUGAAGCAUGUUUGUUUGAUACGUACGAAAUGAACAGCGAGAGUCGGUAUCUGUUGCUGUUAACAGAGAACUAUGGAGCACUCUCUAUUGUUCAGCAACAGAUUCUGUCAAGGAGUAGCAGACCAAUUACAAUAUUUGGAAGCAGUUUCAGAAGUGAUCAGGAGUACACACAGGUGUGUCGGAACAUCAACAGAAUCAAGAUUUGUAUGGAGACGGGGAAAACUGUGGUGUUACUGAACCUUGAGAACCUGUACGAAAGCCUGUAUGAUGCGCUUAAUCAAUAUUACGUGUACUAUGGUGGUGCAAGAUACGUUGAUCUUGGCCUUGGCACACAUAGGGUCAAGUGUCCUGUUCAUAAACAAUUCAGGUUGAUCGUGGUAGCUGAGAAGCAGGCAGUGUAUAAGAAGUUUCCUAUUCCGUUGAUAAACCGCUUAGAAAAACACUUUUUGACCAUCAAUACAAUGUUGACGGGUGAGCAACAAGAUUUGGUAAAGAUUCUUGAAAAGUGGAUUGCACAGUUCAGUGAACAGAACAGUGUACCAUAUGCACAGAGGGGCAGCGAGGAGCUGAAAACUAGAGUAGAGGAUGUGUUCAUAGGGUACCACGAAGACACUUGCUCAUCUGUUGUACUUCAUAUUUGCGACAAAAAUAAGAGUACAAAUGAUGAUCUUGAUUUCAAAUCAAAGGUACUGGAAGAAGGGAAGUCUGUGUUGUUAUGGUGUGCUACACCAGAUGCAGUUUUGAGACUGAAAAACAGUAAUUUGCCCAGCGAAGAAAAGACACUGUUGAAAGAUUUAUACUUUAGGAUACAGGCACAUGAUAGUCUCGUAUAUUACCUGAAUCAGAAAAUUGCUGGACAGAAGUGUGGAAAGCAACUUUUUGCUCAGAUAACCACCCACUCCAAGCUACUGACUAUAGCCCAUAAAGAGCAUAUCAGCAAGGCAACAGACGUACUGGUUGAUAAAAUACUGCUACUGGAAACUCUGUCUUCCUUCGAUACAGAACAACAAUUCAGUAACAAGAUCAGGCAACAUCUAAAGAAUAUUGAUAAAGACCCGAGUCUUAUGGUUAUACAGUGUGAUUCUGGUGAUGUCAAUGUCAACUUGAUAGCUUGUGCAAGGUAUUGCGUCUUGGACGAAAUUGAGAAAAUGAGGGAGGAAAUUACAGCUCCGGUGCAUGUAGUUUUUAUUGUCCAGCUUCCAAGAAAUGGGAGAUUUCCUGGUUUUCAGUGUGGAGUCUGGCAUUCAGCUCAUAUCGAUGACUUGCUUCCGGAUGACUUGAAAAUGCCAGCCGUAGAAGAUAUGAUUGGACGAUCAGCAUCAAGUUUAUUAAAGGAAGCUGUUGGGGAACAUGCUGUGAAGGUCAUUGACGUGGAAGUUGAAAAGCAGUUUACAGAAGAGAGUGAAACUCCUGUCGACGUUAAUGACAUAGAAAAAACAGAUACUUCACAUGCAUCUGAAGACAAUGAAGAUGAUAUUACCAACGAAUCAGACAAAUCUGAAACUGAAUGUGAUGAUCAAAUACAAUUAGAUGAUGUCGUCCUAGACGUUGAGACCGUCGAUGAAGAAAUACAGCAGAUCAGCAGAAAUAAACUUAACGUGAAGGCAUUAAUUAUGUCAUGUGUACAAGCUGCACUAUCUGUUGUUAAAGAUAAAGAGGAAAGAUCCAGUAGAGAAACAGACAGAGUGACAUUGAUACUGAAACUGCUAGAUCAUGAAGAUGAUGGAAACAAUAGAUCGUUUUUAUACGGUCUAUGUCGAUUGAUCGUCAAAAUGCUGGAAGAAAAAGAGUCUCAAGCAGUUACUGGUAUGGCCGAAAAUUGGCUAAUAAUUGAAGCUGCCAAUUUGGACAACAUCCGAAAGACUGGGACCCUAAGGCAAGUAGUCUAAGAUAAAAAUAUGCAUACGAAAU